UCCUAAUUGCGGAUGUGGCCGAAACCCACAAACAACACGCAGUUCAUUAUAUCACCCACCAUUUGCUAAUGGGUAACUGCCAAAAACCACCACACAAAAAAAAAAAAAAGGCUCCACAAUACCCGGUGCUAUCGUUCCUUGUCCCAAACUCAAUUCUUCCUUCUGCCCUGUUUUGAAUCUCUUCUUUUUCUACAGUCCUUCAGUUUGAGGGCAUCGGAACCCGGCUUUCUCAAGCUCGCUCUUGUUUUGCCCCAAAGGUAUUGAGUUCUAUCUCUAAAAGUUCGCCCAGAAUCUGAGUUUGUGUGUUGGUUGGUAAAAAUGUCUCAAUUCGGACAUGUUUCUGCCCUCAACCUGAGUGGGCAAAGCAAUCUAAUAAACUUUUGGAACCCACAAUCUACUUGGAUAUGUGGUUCAAGGCAAACCAAUGUACUAUCAUUUGGAGGGACUGAUUCCGUGGGUUAUGGGUUGAGAAUUCCUAAUGCAAAUGCUAUUAGAACCAGACCGAAGAAGGGCGUGUGCCCCUUGCAGGUGGUCUGCAUUGACUAUCCAAGACCAGAUCUUGAGAGCACUUCCAAUUUUUUGGAAGCAGCUUAUUUAUCUUCAUUCUUCCGUACGGCUCCCCGACCAGAUAAGCAGCUGAAGGUUGUAAUUGCGGGUGCAGGUUUGGCUGGAUUAUCAACUGCAAAAUAUUUGGCAGAUGCAGGUCAUAAACCUUUAUUAUUGGAAGCGAGGAAUCUUUUAGGUGGAAAGGUGGCUGCUUGGAAAGAUGAGGAUGGAGACUGGUAUGAGACUGGAUUACAUAUAUUUUUUGGGGCUUACCCAAAUGUACAGAACCUGUUUGGAGAGCUUGGUAUAACUGAUAGGUUGCAGUGGAAAGAACAUUCUAUGAUAUUUGCAAUGCCAAAUAAGCCAGGGGAGUUCAGCCGAUUUGACUUCGCUGAAGUUCUACCAGCACCAUUAAAUGGGAUUUGGGCCAUCUUAAAGAAUAAUGAAAUGCUUACUUGGCCUGAGAAAGUCAAGUUUGCAAUUGGACUGUUGCCAGCAAUGAUAGGUGGGCAGCCCUAUGUCGAAGCUCAAGAUGGUUUAACUGUUAAAGACUGGAUGAGGAAACAAGGUGUACCAGAUCGAGUGACCACUGAGGUGUUCAUUGCCAUGUCUAAAGCAUUAAACUUCAUAAACCCUGAUGAACUUUCAAUGCAGUGUAUUUUGAUUGCUUUGAACCGGUUUCUUCAGGAGAAGCAUGGUUCAAAGAUGGCAUUCUUGGAUGGUAAUCCCCCGGAGAGACUUUGCCAGCCAAUUGUUGAUCACAUUCAAUCACUGGGAGGUGAAGUCCAACUUAAUGCUCGAAUUCAAAAAAUUGAGUUGAAUGAAGAUGGAACUGUGAAGAGCUUUUUACUAAAUAAUGGUAAUGUUAUCAGUGGAGAUGCUUAUGUGUUUGCAACUCCAGUUGAUAUCUUGAAGCUUCUUUUGCCGGAUGACUGGAAAGAGGUUCCAUACUUCAAAAAAUUAGAUAAACUAGUUGGAGUUCCUGUUAUAAACGUUCACAUAUGGUUUGACAGGAAGCUGAGGAACACAUAUGAUCAUUUACUUUUUAGCAGAAGUCCCCUUCUCAGUGUAUAUGCUGACAUGUCUGUAACAUGUAAGGAAUAUUACAAUCCAAAUCAGUCUAUGCUAGAAUUGGUUUUUGCACCAGCUGAGGAAUGGAUUUCGCGGAGUGACACAGAAAUUAUUGAUGCUACUAUGAAGGAACUUGCAAAACUCUUCCCUGAUGAAAUUUGUGCAGAUCAGAGCAAAGCAAAAAUUUUGAAGUAUCAUGUUGUUAAAACACCGAGAUCUGUGUAUAAAACUGUCCCAAACUGUGAACCAUGCCGUCCCUUGCAAAGGUCCCCUAUAGAAGGAUUCUAUUUAGCCGGUGACUACACAAAACAAAAAUAUUUGGCUUCAAUGGAAGGUGCUGUCCUAUCAGGAAAGCUUUGUGCCCAAGCUGUUGUACAGGAUUACGAGUUUCUUGCAGCCCAGGGGCAGAGAAAGCUGGUGGAAGCAAGUAUGGUGUAACAAAAUCAUUGAGGCAAAAUUGAGAGGGGGACUGGAGAGACGGUAUAUUUGCAGUUAAAAUGUUGCUCAACCGAGAAAAUUUUAAUCUUUGCAACAGCUAUGUACUAGUGGAAGAAUAUCCACUCGUCAUUGUUGUAUCUAAUGUGAAAUUUGUACACUCAAAAGAAAUUAGUAGUAUAUUUACAAAGAACUAGUGACAUUUCUUACCAAAAUUAUGAACUAAGAGAAGUGUUUGUAAUGAUUUGGAGCGUACCAAUAGCAUUGCUAUUUGGGGGGAAGUAGAACUUACAAAUGGGGGAACGACUUGCUGGGGUAGAAGGGUCUGAUCUGUGCUUCAAGAUUCUUGGAAUCUCAUGAAAAUGCGAGAUGCAGCCUCACCAUUUUUGCUUGAAA